AUGUGAGAACGAACUUCAUCAGAGAGGAAGAAAUCGCUACCGCACCUGCGGUUCGAUUGAUAUUGUCAUCACUAUAAUCACAUAUUCAUGUUAAUUUCGCCUUAUCCUCAAGGCUGUAAGAUCCGGAACAUCAUCGAGUAUGUUAACAAUGACAUGUGUGGCAUUAGCAUACGAUAGAAUUGGCAUUGCAAGCGAUGGGGAAAGGCAGUUUAAGCCAUGUCCACGGAUGGCUCCAGAGAUUUUUGGGGCUACAUUCGACGCUCUUGUUACAGAGCUGUGGUCACGAUAAAGAUAGAAGUGACUGUACAUAUCACCAGUGCCAUAUUACUUGACGGCAUCUCUCUAAAUGUAGCGCAGGCGUUAAAUGAGGGGGCGUCCAGGCUUUUGGGUCCCCAACGGAAGAUUUGCAGAAUGAAUGCCAGGAAAGAGUAACAUGGCCCGUUCAACCCGAGCUAGAACAUGAGUCUAUUUUGAAAGAGACGGAUAAACAUAUAAAAUUGGAAGAUAAAAAUGAGCCUG